CACCUCCAGCCCCUGCCGCCGGAGCCCGGGAAACCCCUGCGCAGGGCCCGGGCCCCCGUCCGCAACAAUGAGCGAUACGAGACGGCGGGUGAAGUUGUACGCGCUCAACGAGGACCGCCAGUGGGACGACCGGGGCACUGGCCACGUCUCGUCGUCCUACGUCGAGAAGCUCAAGGGCAUGUCGUUGCUCGUGCGCGCCGAGUCGGACGGGUCUGUGCUACUGGAAUCGAAAAUUAAGCCAAACACGGCUUAUCAAAAGCAGCAGGACACACUCAUCGUGUGGUCUGAAGCAGAAAACUACGACUUGGCUCUCAGCUUCCAGGAGAAAGUUGGCUGUGAUGAAAUAUGGGAGAAAAUCUGCCAGGUGCAGGGGAAGGACCCCUCGGUGGACAUCACCCAGGACCUCCUGGACGAGUCGGAGGAGGAGCGCUACGACGACAUGCCCGAGGCGUCGCCCGCGGUGGAGCUGCCCCCGUGCGAGCUGGGCCGGCUCGUCGACAUCGCCGAGCUCGUGUCCACGUCGCUGUCCAUGCCCGUGCGACGCGAGAAGCUCAUGCUCGUGCUCGAGACGGAGGGCUACAUCAAGAAGCUCUUGGAGCUCUUCCACAUGUGUGAGGAUCUGGAGAAUACCGACGGCCUCCACCACCUAUUCCAGAUCUUCAAGGGCAUAUUUUUGCUCAACAGCACGGCCAUCUUUGAGGUGAUGCUGUCGGACAGCUGCGUGAUGGACGUUGUUGGCUGCUUGGAGUACGACCCCUCGCUCCCGGAGCCCAAGAGGCACCGGGACUUUCUGAACACGACCGCCAGGUUCAAGGAGGUCAUCCCCAUCUGUGACCCCGAGCUGAAGCAAAAGAUCCACCAGACGUACCGGGCGCAGUACAUCCAGGACGUCAUCCUGCCGACGCCGUCGCUCUUCGAGGAGAACCUCGUGUCCUGUCUCAGUUCGUACAUUUUCUUCAACAAAGUGGACAUUGUAAAGCUUCUCCAGGAAGAUGAAAAGUACCUUACAGAGCUGUUUGCACAGCUGACAGACGAGGCCACUGAUGAUGAGAAGAGGAGAGAGCUGGUAAACUUUUUAAAAGAGUUUUGCGCGUUCUCGCAAACGCUUCAACCCCAGGAUAGGGACAACUUCUUUAAGGCCCUGUCCUGUCUGGGCAUCCUGCCAGCCCUGGAGGUGGUGUUGGGAAUGGACGACGCCCAGGUGCGCAACGCCGCCACGGACAUCUUCUCGUACAUCGUGGAGUACAGCCCGUCGAUGGUGCGCGAGUUCGUCGUCCAGGAGGCGCUACAGAACGACGAUGACAUCCUGCUCAUAAACCUGAUCAUUGAACAGAUGAUCUGCGACACAGACCCAGAGCUGGGCGGAGCGGUGCAGCUCGUGGCGCUGCUCAGGACGCUCAUCGACCCCGAGAACAUGCUCGCCACAGCAAACAAAACCGAGAAAACGGAGUUUCUGAGCUUCUUCUACAAACACUGCAUGCACGUGCUCACCGCGCCCCUCCUGGCAAACACUGCCGAGGACAAGCCGGGGAAAGACGACUUCCAGACGGCGCAGCUGCUGUCGCUCACGCUGGAGCUGCUCACGUUCUGCGUGGAGCACCACACGUACCACAUCAAGAACUACAUCAUGAACAAGGACCUGCUGCGCAGGGUGCUGGUGCUCAUGAACUCGAGGCACUCCUUCCUUGCUCUCUGCGCGCUGAGGUUCAUGAGGAGGAUAGUGGGCAUGAAGGACGAGCUGUACAAUCGCUACAUCAUCAAGGGCAACCUCUUCGACCCGGUCGUCCGGGCCUUUCUGAACAACGGCUCGCGCUACAACCUCCUUAACUCGGCAGUGAUUGAGCUGUUCGACUUCAUCAGGACGGUGGGUGACUUCGACACAGAGGACAUGAAGCCUCUCAUAAUGCACAUAGUGGAGAACUUCUACAAAGGCUUCGAGGACAUCGAUUACGUGAACACCUUCAAGGGACUCAAGAUGCGCUACGAACAGGAGAGGGAUCGAAUGGAGACGCCCAAGGCGGACAGCACAACGCCGCUUCUGCGCAACCACCGGUUCCGGAGAGACAUGCGUACCCUGGAGGAGGAAGAGGAGAUCUGGUUUGACGACGAAGACGAGGUGGAGGACGAGGAAGCGGUCGUUCCUCCGUCGGAGAAGACCAAGAGCGAGGAGGACUUCAUCGACCACCUCGGGAAGUUCAUCGAGAGGAAAAAAGCCAAGGACAAUGAGGACACGGAUCUGCUCGCCAAACCUUCCGUCGCGCCGGCAGCUCUGGGCACGAAGCCCGAGUCGCCGGUGCUAAAGCUGUCGCUGUCCGUGAACGCCGCCCCCUCGGCCGGUCUGGGCCCAAGCCUGGGCCUGAGCUUGUGUCCUAGUGCCAGUGGCGCUGGUGGCAGCGCUGGUGUGGGCGGCAGCAGCGGGGUCACGACGGCGCUCUGCUCCGAGAAGCCGCUGUCCCCGCUGGGCGGCUCCAGCAGCGGCACCGUCGGAGGAGGGGGGGCACUGUCACCCACGGCGCCGCUCAGCCCAGCCUCUCCCGGCGCCGUCUCUAGCAGCGUCGCCACCAUCUCCAUCAGCGCCAAGCGCGGCCUUGUGGGGCUGGUGGAUUACCCCGACGACGAGGACGACGAAGAGGAGGAGGAGGACGACGACGAGGAGGAAGUGAACGAGACGCCGCCGACUAAGAGAGCGCGCCUGGAGUCGUAGACGUGGCUGCCACCCACAAACUCUCCCGUGGGGGCAGGGGGGUGGUGGGGGCCUGGCGGGGGGGUGGCGACCGUCGCAGAUGCGGGGGGGCGCCUUCGCAAGGGCCGCCUGCCCGCCCCCCGCUCUCGGACACGACGGCCGAGCGCGGUGCCGGUGCGCCCGCCACAAUCUAUUGCCAAGUGUCCCCCGCGGGGAUUGUUUCACAGCCGUCCGUCCACCAAGCCAGCCAGAGGUUUCGCCGUUCCUGGUCUUGUCCUAAUUGUCGUUGUCGUCGUCGUUUUUUUCCCCCCUCCUCCUCCGACUGGCGUGAACGUCCGCGUGACGCCGCUGCUUGGCCCGGGUUACGAAUUCCAGCCGCAGGCCCCGCCUGGCGGCGCUGCUUGCUGCCGCUGGCGGGCCGCGUGCCAAGACGUUCAGCGGUGGGGGGCGGUGGCGGUGGGCAGCUGAGGCUCGUCGCUGUUACGGCCGCCUUAGAGCCUCACCGUUCCGCGGUUCUCAAAACUCAGGGGAUUAAUGUGCAGCAUCGUCGACGGCUUCACAUUCGACAGACCAGCCUGAUAGCUGCGUAGCCUUUCCCUGAUUGAACACGCAGACAGCCUUCCGCUGUCAUGACUCUCAGACCGUGCGGAACGGUGUUCCGUGUUUUCAGAAUCUGAUGGGACGAUCAGAGUAAACUUUUGCUUCAACCAACAAACAAAGGGGUUUGCUCUAACCCCCUCGUGAAGGAUGUUUUUUUUAUCGCUCAUGGCCCAAAAACUUGAAGCGAUAACGAGUUUGAAUGUUUUGUGGUCGUACAGGCAAGACCAAGAUGUGUGUGCUUCGGUGGAUGUGCGAGCGUGUUGUGGUUUGUUUUUAAAAGGCUUGACGUUCACUGCUCUCACAGCCUUGGUAAUUGCUGUGGCAAUAACUGAUUUAUAGGCAAGCACACUUUAGGCUACCUCUGAAUUUUUUUUUAAUCUUUUAAGUGGUGGCCAUCAUAAAAGGGUUAUUUUCCACACGUAAAAAAAGCGGAAUGUGUAGAAAUGUAGUGUAGUAGCACGUGUAAGGCUCAUAUUUGAGGGUUAAAUGAUUUCUGUUUUUGUAAAACCUACUUCGAAUCAACUUAUUGCAACAGCUUUUAUCUACACUUUGAGCUGAGCGAUUGUGAGCGUCCCCCCGACUCUUGAACGCCAUCGGCAAAUUAGAGAGCGAGAGAAGAGACAGAGUGAGACGAGCGAGAGAAGAGCUGUGGUGGGGGAGAGAUGUCCGAACAGCAUUGUCUCGCCGUGAGCGUUGGCCGGGAAAUACCCAGCCCCAUGAGAAAAGAGGCUUUUUGAGUGUCUUUGCCUGAAGAAAGUUAAGCUGGAAAAAUGCCAUAAAUAAAAAGCGAGAGAGAGAGAGAGAGAGAAAGCGAGAGAAACAAAACUCGUCAUAAUAUUUGGCGUGGUCUCUACGUGCAAACAACUUGCAUGGGUUUUGGCGGAGUUAUAAGCUGAGAUGGGGGGCAUCGUUUGCCCUGUUAUGAAAUGUGGAAACUUGGGGGACCACGUAUGUCCGUCCACAACUUGGAUGGCAUUCACUCUUGUCACUUUUCCAUCGGUGUAAAGUUUCAUUUGUUCACAUUUAUUAAUGACACAGUUUGUCUUGUUGCCGUACUAUGCCUUGUUAUUUUGUUACGUUUAAAUGAGUUAAUCGGCGCCGUUAAGAUUCUGGUCUGCGUAACGUGUAUUCAUUGCACAGAAGCAAUAUGACACAUUUGACGUGGGUCGACUGAGAAAAUAUUGAACCUCUUCGGCAACCGCGCGAGAGGCCAGAUUAUAGCUAUUGAAACCAUAGCUCGUCACGUGUUUUUAAAGGGAGGGGGAAACACCGUAUAAUUGAACAGUGUUACAGAAACAAAAGUUGUAUAAGUAAAACCCAUAUGUUUAUUAUUGGCUUGGAUGUCUCAUUAAAUAUUGUGUCAUCCGGGGCUUAAUUUCUCACUGAAUAUUUUCCGGGUCGCUGGUAGACGACCUGGCAGUAGGUGGCACGUGACCAGUAGUCGCAGCCCCGACGAGAGGUAACACUGGAUAUUUGACGCGUAGGGUUUUUGCAGCCCCUCGUAAUCCCAAACGUGGUCUUAUUGGGUUCGGCUGCACGUUUUGAGCCCUUUCGUUUGUCCACAUUUCGGCGCGAACUACUUAACGGGCACCUUCAGGAGCUGAAGUGAAGGACUCUCACCUUGAUAUCUCCACCCUGAUUGCACGUUGUCCGAGUUUAUGAUUGCUUGUUUGUCCCUGGGCGUGUCCAGGAAUUCUCCACGCUUCCCCUGGGAAUGUCUGCGUUGUCCGAAACUUGCCAGGGGAACCGCGCGUGCGCAAGUCGGCGUGUCUGGCAACGUUCUCCAACGGAACGGCCGCUUUCAAGCGGCACUCCCCUGCUAUCCGCCCUCCCCUGUUUGAGAUGAAUGUGGGACUCAUUAUCUCGGCGCCCGAAAGCCCUGGCAAGAAGAAAUGCUCAACAGUUGGCGAACCACGCACGGGCUUACUACUGGGUGAGAUGUCGUGCGUGGCGAAUAUAUUUGUGGUUGCGAGGAGCCCGUACGAACCUGGCCGAAAUUAAGCCCUGGCCUCAUCGUAGUCUUUCGCAAAGCAGGACAAGAUUGUAUUUGCGUGAGCGUGUGCGGGAUGACCCUCUGCGUUUCCGUUGCGUGCGGCUCGCGUCCCCUCGAUGGUGUGCGGCAUGCUCCCCCAUGGCACGUGCUCUGUGUUGGUCAUAGGUGACGAUGCUCUCAUCAGGGGGGGGGACGCGGCGCGCGCGCAGGGCUUGUGGGUAAAUCGCUUCACACUUGUCCCCUAACGCUUGUCGAUGGCCAUGCAAAUCAAUAACGCCAGUUAUUUAAGUCUGACGUGACACUGUGAUAUGACAGCUUCUGCCUUGUUUUUUGACGUUGCGUUUAAAAUCCAUAGAAGGGUAAUUUCUGCCCAUGUUCGGUGGGGGAAAAAACAGCCAAUUUGUUGCUAUUCAGCCACCAAAGGAAAUUCUGCAAUGUCCUCUCCGCCGAUACAUUAAUCGUGCCCUGUGGUCUCGUGUUUCAUCCGGUUUAUAAAAUUUUCUGAUUCCGUUA